UUGACGUUCUAAAUAGUAAUAUUUAAUGAAUACAUAAACAUGGAGGAACAAACUAAAUCAGCCAUUCUGGUCAUCACAAGUGAACAUGUCGAUUUGUUAUUACACCAUUGGUCUCACAUGUUCGAUAAGGACUAUUGCCACGAGCUAAUGAGUAAAUUGGAGGAACGCGUCCAGUCCUUCUACGUCGACCUGCUGACUGAAUCGAAAGAGAAAGAGCAGGUUAUCAAAGAUGAUAUCAGUGCACUGCAGGCUGAGGCCUCAGACUUGAUGCGACUGUUACACAAGAAUGUGGAUAUUGGUGAAAUGCCUAUGGGAAUGCCGCUAGUGGUUUGGGACCAAAAGUUGGACCACAGCAUUGAGCAUCUGCGUGAAGAGCUGCGUGUGCAUCGCGCUGAAAUCUGCGAGCUGCUUUUGCAACAAGAAAUGCUAUGCGAGGAGUUGGGUGAGCUGCCACUGCCAUUAUUGGCCGAUCCACUGCCCAAGCCGGAGGAAAAGGCUGCAUUUUGUAAGCACCUCGAUCAUCUGCGUGCUUUGCGGACACGCCGCAUGGAGGAGCUGUUCCAGCUGCGCAGUAAGAUCAAGGAAGACAUGAAGCUGCUUGAGAUACGGGUGCACACAGCAGCCGAGGAGCAUUUGCUCAGCCAGGCAAACCAGAGCCUGACGCCAGAUGUCUUCGCGAAGCUGCGUUCCAUGCAAAAACUAUUUGCUGAGCAGAUGGCGGAGCUACGCGAAGCCAUUGACAAUACGCGUGAAAAGAUCCACGUGUUGUGGGAGCGACUGCCGGAAUCGGACGAGUUUGCCAUGCGCAGAGUGUGCGAGGCCAAAGAGUAUACGCAACGGACCUAUGAUGUGCUGCGUGAGGAGCUACAUCGCUGCCAGGAGCUACGCCGUAAGAACAUGAAAUGUUUAAUUGAUCAGUUGCGUGAGGAAAUCCAGAAGUGGUGGGAGCUGACUCUGAAAUCACAUCAGGAGCGAAAACGCUUUGCCAACUUUUACAACGAUUGUUACAACGAGGAUUUGUUGGAGCUGCAUGAGCUCGAGCUCGAUGAUCUGAAGAGCUUCUACAAUAGUAACAGAGAGAUUUUUGAGCUCUUUUCUAGUCGCGCCGAGAUUUGGGCACGUAUGGAGGCUCUGGAGGCCAAGACCAACGAUCCCAAUCGUUAUAACAAUCGCGGCGGGCAGCUGCUGAAGGAGGAGCGGGAGCGCAAGGCUAUAAGCAGCAAGCUGCCAAAAAUAGAACAGCAGAUUACCGAAUUGGUGAAAGCCUAUGAGUUGCGCACUCAGACACCCUUUCUGGUUCAUGGUGAGGACAUAUUGGAGCGCAUGGCCAACGAUUGGGAGCGCCUUCGACUGGUGAAGGAGCAGAGUUCUGCCCGCAAAAACACAGUUACGACUCCAUCAACCCGCGGAAAAAUGCUGCCACCAGCUGCACCAGGAUCGACGACUGCACGGACGCCCAUGUCGCUGAAGAAGAUGUCCACAAUGUCUUCAUCGACAAUGUCGUUGCGCAAAACUCCUUCCAAUUGGAAGCUGGCUUCUUUGACAGGCUCGGCGGCCAAAACCACUGGCAAUCUGCAUAAGAGGAAGUUUCCGGAUUCAAGUAGUAGCGCUAAGGCGCUUACACCAAACGCAAAGCGAAGUCUGAUGAAAACUUUUAAGGCGUCACAAGAAUUGCGAAAGUCAUACCGGAGUCCAGUAGUCAUUCAACAGAAGGUGAUCAAGCCUCAAAUUAAGAAGGUGCAUCUGCUGGAAAACACACUUCGUCGCAGCUCAGGGCUGGGCAGGCGCAGUCAUGGCGCACCUUCCAAGAAGGUGCGAGCAAGGCUGCCAGUGCACGGAUUUCGGGUACAGACCUCGGCUAGCGAUGAGUCCGAUGCCACCUACGAUUCAUUUGAGAAGUCCAUUGAACCGGCUGCUCGCUCCUCCGUCCUACCACAAACUAAAAAAGCGUUUUAGAUGAAAUCAUUGGAAGGCGGCCUUAGCUAAGAUUUUAGGAGUAUUAUGUUUUUUUUUUGUGACUAUCCUCAAACUAUAUAGUACGUAGCAGUAUAAAUAAAAAGCAGUAAAUAUUUAAAUCACUUGGGAUUUCGUCCAUUUUGCAUAU